AUGACGGCGGCCCUCCAGGACCUCACCCAGGCGGUCGCGGGCAUCCGCACCUUCCUCGCGAGCCCAUGCGGGCCGCAGCCGCCUGGGCCCUUCGCCACCCCGCCGCCGCCGUGGCAGCCGCCCCCCUCGGCGACCCCUUCGCCUCCGCAGCGCAGCUGCUGCCUGUGGCAGCCGCCACCCGCGGCGCACAUCGGCGCUUCCACCAUGCAGCAACAGCCCUCCGUCGCUCCCACCGUAGCGCUGCCGCACCAGCAGCUGCAGCCGCCGCCGACGACAACCUCGACCCAGGGAGCCCCAACAACGGCUCAGGGGGUGCCCAUCCACCAGGUCCGGUUCCCUCCAUCGCCAUCACCGCUACCGGCCUGGCACGCCAGGUCCCUCGAGCCGGUCUACACAACGGCCUCCGGACAGCCGCACGUGCUGCCCCUGCCAGUGCCGCCCUCGUCCAUCCAGUUCGGCGGGCCCUCGGGCUCCGCCGACCCCUAUGCCGGCGUCGACGGGCCCCUGUUCCAGGGUGGCCCUCUGAUGCCCACCUACUCGGCGCCGUCGUCCUCGCUGCUCCGCACUGAUGAGGUGUACCCCUCUGUCGUCCACGGCCAGACGCCGCAGCGCUUCUCCAAGCUUGAGUUCGCCACCUACGAUGGCACCGUGGACCCCCUGAACUGGCUCAAUCAGCGCAACCAGUUUUUCAGGGGGCAACGCACGCUCGAGUCCGACCGCACCUGGAUCGCCUCCUAUCACCUCCGAGGCGCCGCACAGACAUGGUAUUACGCCCUCAAGCAGGACGAGGGCGGCAUGUCCCCAUGGGAGCGUUUCCGCGAGCUUUGCCUCUUACGCUUCGGGCCGCCGAUACGCGGGAGCCGGCUGGCGGAGCUUGGGCGCCUACCCUUCACCUCUACGGUGCACGACUUGCCAACCGCUUCCAGGCCCUGGCUUGCCACGCGCGCGGCGUGA